AUGAGAGCGUCUGGCCUUCGGGAACCUGUGAACUCUUCGUUUAUCAUUGGAAUGGAUGAUGUGGUCGUGUACCACAAGGUGAACACGAUUCUAGGAGCAGCAGUGACCCUCGUUAACGUGCUACUCCUUUUCGUGUUCUGUACAUCUUCGUCAUUGCGGAGGAAGUCGGAGGUUCUUAUUGCAUUAUGUGCUGCUGACGGAGUCAAUUGCUUUUCUAUCUCCUUGAUGGGACUGAAUCGUGUGCUUCUAUACACAAAGAUUAUUGAAACGUUGACAAUUCCUAUCCGUACAUCAUGGGAAUGCGCAGUGGAGCCCUGGUUAAUCACAAGAGGAUUUGGAGAUUUGUGGCCACCGACUGUUCAAAUUGCAAUGGCUAUAGACCGUUGUUUAGCAGUUUUUAAUCCAAUUUCGUACAGAAAAAGCAGUUUUAAAAGAAACGGUGUUUUCUUCCUUUUGACGAUAUCCAUUGUGACUUGUGAGCUUUUAGUGGGCUAUUUCAUUGCGUGGACAAGACGGUUGGUUAAGGUUAAAUACUGGUGUGGGAGAAAAGCAGCGUUUGGCGACUUCUUCGCCUCCUUUUUGUACGCGUCGAACAUAGUGUGCUACUUACUCGCAUUCACAUUAACAUUGAUGGCCUAUUUUAAAUCGCAGUACUGGAUGGACAAGAAUUCGUCUAGAGAACAACUUGUUCGGAUCAGAUAUCUACUCAUGAUUUCUAUCUUGUCAAUAAUUUUGAUCUCCAUACCAAAUGGAAUUUCCUUAUUUUAUCAAUACAUAUCUCAUGUCGCCAAUGCCAUAGCAAAACCAUCUACGUAUCUUACAUGCGUGAACUCCGGAAUCAAUAUAUUUGUGUACUUGGUCUUCUAUAAGGAGUUCCGGGACGAAUUCAAGAGGAUAAUCUUACGCAUCAACAAGAUCCGAACUAUACCAGUAAUUAGCGACAAAAUUGUGACUACGGAGUUGCGCUCACCACGAUUGUUCAACACAACAAUUCAACAUCAGAAUCAGUGA